GAUCUGGCGGUAGGACCAUUGACCGUUACAGUGGAACGAGAAACAGUGAUGGACUUCACAUUCCCUUUUUACUAUGACCAUGCUGUGGGCAUCUACAAACUUCCAGACCCGAAUGGAACAAAGUGGUUGAAGUUGAUAAGACCGUUUAAAGGCACGGUUCUCGUGUGCUUAGCAAUUUCCUUGGUUGCUGUUGCAGCCUUGUUGUGUGUUAUGGAAAUGGUUGGGUCUUCCUUGAAAAGUAAUAGCACCACAUCAACAGGAAACAAAUACUUCCAGGAGAGCCUCUGGUACCUGUAUGGCGCUAUGUUAUCACAUGGUGGCAGCGAGCAACCCAAAUCUGAGUCCGGGCGUAUUCUGGUUGGGUUUUGGUGGUUGUUCUGCAUUGUAAUCGCUGCUUCUUACAGUGGGACUCUCAUUGCCUCCCUCACUGUGAACAAAGAGAUACUGCCAUUCGACAACAUAGCAGAUAUAGCAUCGCAGACUGAUUACAGCUGGGGCACCGUGGGAGGCAGUUCCUAUGUUACAUACUUUGAAAAUGACCCGAGUGAAUCGAACAGAAAGAUCUGGCAAGGGAUACAAGGAUUCCAGGGUUAUGAUAAUGAUGUUCUGUCUCAAUCUGCGGAUGUCCACAUGAAGAAGGUACUGGAAGGAUCCUAUGUUUUCUUCAACGACAAUGAAGCUUUGACUCCAUGGAAGUCACAGCAUUGCGACUUGGCAUUCACCAAGGAAACAUUUCUUCCCUUCACGUAUGCUCUUGGACUUCCCAAAGAAUCACCUUAUGCGGAUAUUUUUUCUAACGUGAUGUUGAAAAUUGACCAGAGCGGACUGUUCAUUAACUGGAGAAGAAAAUGGUGGCCACAAGAGAAUUUAUGUCUUGAAGAGGGCAAAGCCAGUGCUCGAGCUAUAGCACUUAUGGACAUACAGAGUGCAUUUUAUCUGAUUGCAAUCGGUAUUUUCCUGGCUGUCUUAGCCUUAGGAAUCGAGAAACUCGCAACAUAUUAUGUCCCCAAAAACGCCAAGUUAAAUGUGUAGCUGGAAAUGCUGGAAAUGUAUUUUCUGGGGCUCCAGAUGGCAUCCGGCUAUAAAAUAUUUCAAUCCUUACACUCUAUUUUAACGUUUGUUUAGAUUGUUCAUGUUUGGAACGCCGGCAUGCAAUUAAAGGGAAGUUAAUGCUUACGAAUGAUUUGGAAAGUUGUUAAUCCGGGCUUUUUCACUGUUUACGGAACCGUGCAGAUAAACCGGAGUUAACUGAAUAUACUUUCUCUUAUAAAUGAAUAGACUGUCAUCGUUAGGCCCACAAUAACUUAUUUGCUUUCACUGAAUGGCCAUGGGCAAAACAUUUCAAUGGAGGUAGUUAAAAUACAUGAUUUACAUACUUUAUGAGUGAUCUGUUCUGUCUAACAUUGCAUGAUUGACACACAUACAUGUAGAUCACUUGCGUAGAAAAAGAAUUUGUCUGAAGACGUUAAUGUAAUGUAUUUGCAUAUUUGGUCAUGAAGUAUAGCUUGAUACAUUUACGACGGGUAGUAUCGUAUUUGAAGCAAAUGAGAAGGGAACUAUAUUCGUCUUCUAUUAUUUGAACUUUCAUCACAUAUACCAUAACGCUUGCAGCAUUUGGUCUUACCCCAAGAAAUCAUUGACAUGCUUAUAAAUGAACCAAUUCCACAGCGCUAUUCCGAAAAAUGUUCCAUGGAAUAUAUCCUUGAUAGGAGUCAGGUUCUCCAUCCUACCAAAAGGAACUAAGCAGAUGACGACGCUUUGGUUACAUGUGCAGCGCAAUUUAAACGAUUUUUGAAAUACCUCCUUCAGGUAUAUAUCAGUAUGUGACCACCUCUAUUUGGUAUCCUUGGUACAUCCAUUUCUCCUUCCCUGAUAGUUUGUUUACAUACUGAAUAAGAUUUAAUGCAGAGUUAUGUUUCUUUACCAAAUCGGAAACUAUUUCGGUUUGCAACAGAUUAAAGACUCCUGUAAGUGUUCAAAUGGUUUAAUUUGACAUACUGACUUCAGAAAAUGCGUGAUUUCAUAAACAAAACCCAUGAAUAUGCCAAACAGGAACAACAGGGCUGAUGAUCUCGUCGCGUGAGCGCUGUCCAUUGCGAUUUCCCUCUACCACUAUCAAACGGGUCCUCUGUCUUGCUGUAAUCCGACCCCAUACCAUAACGCUGCCACUGUAGAC